AUCAAGCGUCUUCAGGCAGCCGCGGAGGAACUGGAAGCGAGAAUGAAGAUGGUUGCGGAUGACGUGGCUGAAAAACAGAGAGAAUUGGAGGAACUGGGGAGAGAGAAAGAAAGACUUGGCGGCAGCGGUGAUGAUCCACAGGUAAUCCAAAUAUAUUUUUGAUUCUCGUUACUUUUCCAAGUAGGAUAUGAGCUAACUUCCGAACCUCGGCUUACAGUCCAUGGUUUACCUAUAAUCCAUGGUUUACCUAUAAUCCAUGGUUUACCUAUAAUCCAUGGUUUACCUAUAAUCCAUGGUUUACCUAAGUGAAUGUUUUUUACCUGUUUGUUAUUUUCUACAUGUCCGUUUAUUUCAAAACUUCAGAGAAGAAAACUCCCAUCGAUCCAGACAAGAUCUCUGAAGAAAUAUUUCCAAAUUUAUAGACAAGCUGUCAGGAACUUUGCUUCGAAUUUUAGGUUAACCAAGGGUUAAACUAGCACAACUUUGAACAACCGGCCCCAGUGUGUUAGCUAUGCAGUCGAAAAUUCGGCGUUAUAUGCCGUUUUCCCAAUUUCGUUUAGCUAGCAAUUCCCCAGUUUAGACCUGCCAAAAAUAACAUAAAUAUUAUAAAAAAUAUAAGAUUGUUCAACUUUUCAAAACUUUGCUAAAGAAGAAUUGGAAACUAGAUUAGCGCUGGGAGGAUGCCAUCUGGCCUAAAAUAUAUUUGUCUGUUUUUAGGACACAACACAACGUCUGUUUGACUUGUACUUCAAAGGUUUCAAUUUAGCUCAGCCAAUUUAGCUCAGAGCCUCAGCCAAUCAGCACCUUUCGCUAGGCCACAAGAAUGCCACUUAAGAAACGUGACAUUCAGACCAGAGUUAAAAUCUCUUAUAGAAGACAUUUCUUUGUCGCGGGAUAACUGAAUUUCCCGAUUUCAUUAAAUUGCCGAAUUUUUUAUUCUUCAGGGGCCGGAUGUUCAAAGGUGGGUUAGCGGUAACCCUGGGUUAAAAUUUAACCCCUGUUCUGGUUUGUGUAUUUCUGCACGUUUGUUUAUCUCAAAACGUCAGAGAAGUAAACUCUUAUCGAUUCCGACAAGAUCUCUGAAGAAAUAUUUCCAAAUUUAUAGACAAGCUGUCAGGAAGUUUGCUUUGAAUAUUAGGUUAACCUAGGGUUAAGUUAACCUAGCUUUGAACAACCGCCCCCUGGCUAACACCCUGAAUAUACGAUUCACGCAUAGUGCUUGCACAAUCACUGUCUCAAACCGUAUUAGACAGAAUUUUGUGAAAGUUUACCGAGAUUGGUUUUGUACACAUUGUUUUUGCGCAAACUUGAGUAACAUCAAAAAGGCAAAUGGAUGACAAAAAUUUGAUCUAGACAAAAAGUACGAUACCAUAGCUGGAAAGAGCAUCUUAAAAUGAGUAAAUAAUUGCAAAGUUUGGUUGCGAAUUGUUGUAAAAUGAAGAGAAUACAGCUCUGUGAAGUUCGCAAAUUUUGUCUAUAUUUGCAUUACGCGCGUGGAAAUAUAACCAUUUUUGAGCCGAAAGUGGUUAUUUUUACCGCGCGUAAUACAAAUAUAUACAAAAUUUGCGAACUGCACAGGGCUUCUUUCUAGCUGUGGUGUUGGAUUUCGUUCUUCUUGCUGUGAUCAAAAUUUAGUUUGUAGGUGAAAUCAUCUAUUCACUACCCGAGGAACAUAAAGCACGUUUUCGAGUUUUGCUGAUUAAUAUACAAAUAAUGAAUGUUUUUAUUCGUGCAAUGGUAAGAAUAUUUUCAUGAGGUGAAUGAUGGAAUGUUCCAUUCAACGAGGCGACAGCCGAGUUGAAUGGAACAUUCCAUCUUUCACCGAAUGAAAAUAUUCUUACCAUUGCACGAAUAAAAACAUUCAUUAUUUGUUUUCUAAAAUACCAAAAUAGACUAAUAUUAAAAGGUUUACUGUAAGCUCCCGCCAUUAUGACGAGUCGUAUUUGCAUUAAAUCCCAUUUACUGAGUUUCGAAUAUCGGGUUAAAAUAAACUGCGAUCACCGUUCGAGAAGCUUUUUGACGGAUGCGAUUUAUCGAAAACACAAAGAGUGCAUUGGAAUAAAACGUAUAGUACAAUUGCACUCGCAAGAGUGCAAUGGAACGUAUUCCAUUGCACUCUUGGGAAAUGGAAUUUUCUAUUCAAUAUCACGUGACCAUAAACAGCCAAUUAAACGAUCAGAAUCCAAUAAGAUAUAUAAAAUGUGAUCAAACAAGCCACUGACAUAGGUAGUUUUUUUCUUAUAUCUCUUUUGUACACAGCUAGAACAGGCGCUAAGAUCAAAGGAGGCUGAACUACAAGAUGCGUACGACAAAUUGUUGCAGUUGAAGGAAGACUUAGAACUGCUGAAUCAGCGAAUUGCAGAGGAAGAGGCCGAGGUUGAAAGACUGAGGAGAGAAUUGGAAGAAGGUUGGUAAAUAUUACUAUAUUAGCCUACUUCUUUACUACCACCCCGCAGUACAAUUAAACUGCGACAUAGAAGACCCUCGUACAUGGAAAUCCAUUUGUUGCAUGUGCAAUGUGGCACGUCCUCCAGUUAUUGAGGUCCGCUGCUGUAACUAAUUGUAACUAAUAACCACUAACACUAACAAGUAAUAAUAUCGAAAAUUGCAAAUGUACAAUUUAGAUUAUAGCUUUGUUUAUAAAUUUCAAGCAGUUGAAUCAGGGAUGGAUUUACUGGGGUGUGGGGUAUGGUAGGUGCGCACCCCCGUAGCCCUGGGCAGGGGUGUGUGCUAUUUUUCAUGAUAAAGCAAAAAAAUAUUAGAGACAAAAUGAGAUACAGUAAUUUGAGUAAUACAUAAUAUGAUGAUAAGCCAACUGUGAACAACAUUUAUAGUUCAAAUACAGUAGUCAAGUACUGCUGUAUGCUGAUGGGCGGGCGGCGCAUGUGACCGACACAACUCGGCACCAGAGCUGGCAGAGACCCUUUUCGAGUUGAUUCAUCUCUUUGAAAUUUACAGUGCAGCUGUUGCGGUUACCCAACUAUGUGACUCUUAUGUAUAACUUUAGUCUGUGAUGUUUAUAUUUCAAAUGCGACUAUGAGGACUGGACUAGAUUUCAAGUUCGCGCAAUUUGAUUAAGUCCGAGGCGAAGACGAGGACUGGAUUAAAAUACGAGGACUUGUCCAGUCCGAAUUGGAGGAUUUGAAAUGACAUCUCAUACGAAUAAAUCAUUACUUAUAAUGAGGUGAAUUAAUUUUGAUCCAUUCCAAGGACUGAAUUAAUUUUGAUCCGAUCCUAGGACUGGAUCAAUAUACUUCACCAGGUAUCCAGUAUUAUCAUGCGAGCAAAAUAAAGCAGUAUGGUUGGCUAAUUUACUCAUGAAUUGUUAAUGAGUUUAAGAUAUAUGUAUAUUAUGUUAUGUAUAUUAUUAACAAUUAUAGCGAAAAGUAAUAAGUAAAUAAAUAACUAAAUAAAUAAGGUGACUGCUCCCUUGUUGCGGAUUCGGGUUUAUCACGGUACAGAUUUUGAAGGGGUGCACCUUUCACCGUCAGUGUCGUUAUUGCAAGGGUAAAAUCAAUACUUCUUGACUGAAUUGAGUUUUCUAUCUUACUAGUGAAAUUAAUAUGACAUCAAAUACGUUUCCAUUCCAACCCCUUUUAUGGGAAAGAUGCCAUCCUCAUUGAUGCAGUUUCAUUCAUUCAUUGCGAAUAACUUUAUUCUCCAUUAUUUCCUAGAUCCUCAAAUAUCUCAGGAAGCGAUCGAACAGCUGAAGAAGGAACUCGAAGGAGUUAUCCAAGCGUUAAACAAACGCCUAGUAGAACUACAAGAUCUUACUAAAGAACAAGAAGCUACAAUUCGAGAUCUCGAACAGGAGGGAGAUGACUUGAGGGCUGAGCUUAGAGAAGGCAAAGAUGUACAAGAGAAGCUAGAGGAUAUGGAGCAGAAAUUAGAAUGUAAGUGACAGAUUUAGAAUAAUAAGUCCUUUAGAGCCAGUUGUAUAAAAUUCCUUGCUACUUUUCAAUAUACCUUUGCCCUUUUGAGUGAAAUUUUUAUCUAGACAAAUCCGGACAAAAAUUUCAUCACAGCUUGAAAGAGCAUCACAAAAUUAGUAAUAUUCCGAAGUUUCGUUGCGAAAUGUUGUAAAAUGCGGAUAAUAUAACCUUGCGACGUUUGCCGUAUUUCAGUCAUUUUGCAUUACAAAUGGGAAAUUGGUAAUCGGCAGUGCUGGAAAAUGUCCGGCAGCGCCAGCAGCACCGCUGCCAGGAAAUGUUUGACAAAAUUUCUUCCCAGGAAAUUUUCUUACACCUUGCAGGAAAUUCCUGUCAUCUUAUAAACUGAAAUGCCAUAUAAUUUACUUAUUGUUUAAAAAGUCCAAAAGCAUUUUGCAAGACGAGUUUGUCUUGUGCUGAGAUCAAAGUUUAUCGCAUGUGCGACACCAUCCGUUCUCUGCAAUUUACGAUGCAGCAAGUCUUAUAAUUGACUUACACAGGAAAUUUUUAUUUUUGGAUUUUGCUGGCAGGAAGACAAAUAUAUAUUCUAGGCCUGGUAAUCAGUUUGAUCAUCUGAUUACCAAUUUCCCGUUUGUAACGCAAAAUGACUGAAACACGGAAUAUUACUAAUUUUGUGAUGCUCUUUCAAGCUGUGAUGAAAUUUUUGUCCAUGCUUGUCUAGAUCAAAAUUUCACUCAUAAGGGGAAAGGUCUAUUGUAUUGUGGUUAAAUAGUUUUUGGAGUUGAACCUAUCCUGACGGAACCUCUAAUAUGAAAACCUCUCUAAUUGGGCCAUCUCUCUGAUACGGACAUCUCUCUAAUGCGGACACCUCUCUUAUACGAACACCUCUGACCUCUCUAAUUGGGACAUCUCUUUAAUUCAUCUCCAAUACGAACACCUCUCUAAUUCGGACAUCUCUCUAAUAUGGACACCUCUCUAAUACGAAUACGUCUCUAAUACGGACAUCUCUCUAAUACAGACACCCCUCUAAUUCGGACAUCUCUCUAAUAUGGACAUCUCUUUAAUAUGAAUACCUCUCUAAUAUGGACAUCUCUCUAAUAUGGACACCUCGCUAAUACGAACACCUCUCUAAUAUGGACAUCUCUCUAAUAUGGACGUUUCUCUAACACGAACACCUCUCUAAUUCAGACACCUCUCUAAUUGGGACGCCUCUCUAAUAUGCCAAUAUGGACACCUCUCUAAUACGAACGCCUUUCUAAUACGGAUAUCUCUCUAAUACAGACAUCUCUCUAAUACGGACAAUACAAUAUGAACACCUCUCUGAUACGGACACCUUUCUAACACGGACACCCUUCUAAUACUGAGUUUUGAUGACGUCACAAGCAGGGGUAAACUUGUUAAAACUUCUUCAUGUGGGACUAAAUUUUUUCGAAAAGUUUCUUAAAAUGUUGUGAGUUAAUUGCGUACUAAAAAGACUUUCAUGUUGAUAAUGACAUAUGGUUGGCAAGACAAAAAUGUCGCUCUUUACCCUAUUUGUGACGUAUGCAUAUCGAAUGCAUAUCCAAGAUGGCGGAAUGCACGCUACUUUUGAUCAAAAUAAGUCGAUUUAUUUCGAAAACCAAGCAAGAUACGGAAUAAUUGUAAAGAAGUUUAUUUAUAUAAUAACUACAGUGAAACACGCAAUUUGAUUGAUCAAUAGCCGUGCAGGAUCAGGCUAUCCUGCACGGGGAAUUAAAAUGCAUUCGCGGGAUUCUCAAAAAUGUCAUUGUUUCACUGUAGUUAUUUUAUAAAACAAUUACCAAACGGUUUUCCAAGCAGGAUAGCGUGAUCCAUGCACUUGGGAUGUUGCUCGACUUUCGGAAAACGUAAAAAUACACUCGUCUGCGCCUCGUGUAUUUUUACGCUUUCCGAAAGUCUCGCGACAUCUCUCCGUGCAUGGAUCGAUCGCAAUCCUGCACGGAAAACCAUUCGGUAUUCCUUUAAUAUAAUUUUAAACGUUCUUUCGAAUAAGACAAACUUAAUUUGUAUUGCCAUAUCCCUUUAAAUAAUAAAUAUUUUAAUGUUGGUUGUAUCUUGCUCAAUAUUGCAUGUAAAUUCAAGUGCUAUACAGGGUGUAUAAAAAAAAGGUAAUCGAACUUCAGCGCGCUAUUAUACGCGAAUCACUCGGCAUAUGAACAAUUGGUUUUCAUAUUCGAAAAGAUCAGGCUUUUAGCUAUUGAAUGACAUGCUUUUCGUACCAAAUGGAGAAAAAAUAAGCAUGUACGAGGCCGAUCAAAAAUGUUAGUCAAAAUCACAUAUUUUCACCUCUGUGCCUAGUUAAAACAAUGCAUAACAAAAUAAAAAGCAAUUAAUCACGAACGUGUAGUAGCUUAGCUAAGAUUUAUUCCUACUUAAUAAUUAAUUAUGAAUAUGUGCGUAGUUUAAUGAAGUGAAAUUCAUCAACUUAAGUACCAAAGGGGGUUCAUUUUCAAUGGUUUUAGACCCAACUCUCAACGGUGAAAAUAUGCGAUUCUGACUAACAUUUUUUAUCGGACUCGUUUUUGCUCAUUUUUUAUCCAUUUGGCAUGAAGAAGAUAUCAUUCAACAGCUAAAAGCAUGAUCUUUCCGAAUGUGAAAAAAUCUCGUUCAUACGCAGAGUAAGUCAGAUACAAUAGCGCGCUGAAGUUCGAUUACCUUUUUUUAUGCACCCUGUAUAUCAAUAUCUAAGUUAGUCCUUUCUGAAUGCAAUGAUCUUUAUGUUAUUUUAUUGCGAUAGCUUUCAUAACUUUUACGUUAUACAUGAAAUCAAACAGUGUCGACUUUUUUUUUGGGAACACCAGGUAUAUAUUGUCUCAUUCUGAUGACUGUUAGUUGAGCAAUGGUGCUUAGUGAAUCCAUCUCUAUUUAAACCGUUUACAGAUGCCUUGGUUGCCUUGAAGAAUGAAGAGCGAAAGUCGCAAGAGGCUGAGGCGAGAGAAAACGAAUUGCAGGAUAAAUUAUCGGCCUUCAAGAAAAACAACAAGCUAGGAUUAGUGGAGGCCGACGGCAAACUGAAACAUGCCAGCAAAGAAAUUGGAAGACUUCAAGACAACGUCAAGAAAUUGAAAGCACAGCUUGAGGUAUGGAAUUGCAUUUAUAAAAUAACAUGUAUAUAACGCGUUCUCUGAUUGGUCGAAACCCGUGUUUGAAUCAGUUUUAACACGGAAAGUUGUUAUUUUAUAAAACAGUUACUUUGUGGUUUCCGUGUUUGGAUGGCCUGAUCCAAACACGCGGGAAUGUUACAAGAGUUAAGAAAAGCACGCGAAACACGAGCCGUACGCGAGGCGAGUGAUUUUGCGCGCUUUUCUUAACUCGAGCAACAUUCCCAAGUGAAACAUUCCCAUAAAAUAAUUGUAUAAUACCGUAUACGAUCGGUAAUUUCGGUCACAGUAGUUUUGGUUUCAUAACAUUUCAUAUAAUCCACUGGAAUAUUGGAUACUUGUACUUUUGCACGGUAACAGAAUGGGAAUUUUAAUUCCAUAUUAAGUGAUCAUAAUCAGUCAAUUAAAUGACCAGAAAUUAAUGAGGUGUUAUAUAAAAUAUGAUUAAUAACUGGAUAGCAUAUUACCAGAACAAUAUCGCUUGAUUUCUACCAAAGAAACACUAUCUAUAUAUUAACACUCGUUGUCACUCUGUAUUUUUGUCUGUAUUUAACAAAUAUAAAAUAUUUUCCCUGUUGAUAUACAGUUACAUCAACACCAGUGUAAAUUGGGAAAACGAGAAAUUUCGAGUUUUCCAAAUUUCCACGAGUGUUGAUAUAACUAUAUCAAUACGGAAAAAAUGCUUUGUAUUUUUUUAAUAUAGCACGAGGAAAUAUAUAGAAAGAAAUUUUCCGUGUUGACAUUGAGUUAUAUCAACAUGGCUUUCUUAGCCAAUCAACGUUCAGAAUUCACAAAUGCUAUAUUAUAAAUGUAAUUGUAAACCAUUGUAAUAUCUCGUUGUAAAUUACUCUUUGAAGGCCGCAGACUGGGGCCGAAAGCUCGUUAAAUCAAUAAAUAUUUUAAACCAGAGAGCGUAUAAAAACUUGAUAUUUUUUCCCAGUGAAUGUAUUCAAUAGACAAUUCCCAUUACAGAAUAAUUUUAAAACUAGGCAAGGAGAUGCAAAUAAAUCACCACAGCUAGAAAGAGCAUACUAAAAUUAGUAAAAUUACAAAAUUUGGUUGCGAAAUGUUGUAAAAUGUGGAAAAUAUAGCCUUGCAAAGUUUGCAAAUUUUGUAUACUUUUGUAUUGCGUGCGACAUUUUCGGCCUAAAUGUGGUAGGAAUGUGGUAGGCAUUUCCGCAAGCAAUACAAAAGUAUACAAAAUUUGCAAACUUUGCAAGGCUAUAUUUUUCACAUUUUACAACAUUUCGCAACCAAACUUUGUAAUUUUACUAAUUUUCGUAUGCUCUUUCUAGCUGUGGUGAUUUUUUUGAGUUUCCUUACCUAAUUUUAAAAUUAGUCUAUAAUGGGAAUUGUCUAUUUCUCUCAUCCAGAAUGAACGUGAGGCUGAAAGGUCACGUGUUGAAAGAGACCAAGAGCGUAUUGCGAAAGCUUUAGAAUCCGCAAGGGGGAUUGGUGACAAGGAAGAAGAAAUAAAAGAACUCGCUUUACAAGUCAGUGCUUUAAAGGUAUGUUGCAACCUUGCUUGAUUUCUAUGUUUCGGGCAAAAAUGUAUUACUUUGUAAAACUUUGGAAUUAGAAAACCUUGCUAUGUGGGCAAAUGGAAAAUCUCGAGUCUUGCGACACGAAGACUAAAGGCCCAUACAGACCGGACGCGAUUUGGCAACGCGACGCGAAUUUUCAGUUUUCAAUGACAUUUAACUUUAAUAUUUUUCACUGUUUUUCAAAUAUUCGGAACCACUUAAGCAAUUUUAGCUAUUUGGUCUGCAUAUCUUGUAAAAUUUUUAUCCGUUGACGGUUUUAUUUGUUUUUGAAAACUGAAAAUUCGCGUCGCGUUGCCGAAUUGCGUUCGGUCUGUGUGGGCCUUAACGCCCAUAUUCUAGAAGCUCACACUCAAUGCGUGGAAGUUCAAUCUGAGCUUCUCUCGAGUGUCAUUGCUGUUUUUGAAUAGCUGGAGGGCUAGUGUCAUACCUUACUAUGUGACUACUCAUCCUCCAGCUAUUCAAAAACAGCAUUGACACUCGGGAGAAGCUCAGAUUGAACUUCCACUCACUGAGUGUGAGUCAUAGAUAUCUUAUAUACACUAGGUAGUGCAUCUAAUUAUUCUGCAAUUCAAAAAUUGAAGCCGUGAUUGCAGACUCAGGAUAUUCCCAUGAAAUGAGAAGACUCGUAUGUUUUCUAUUUCUUAAACAGGGGACUUAAACAUUAAGUUAAACCUAUUCCAAAUACAUUUUCAAACUAUUCAAAUGAUGAAAGUUAUUGUUGUUUUUUAAGCGUUUAUUAGCGAGUGGGAAACACUAACAUGGCCGCCAUCAAUUCAAAUGGGGGUAACCGCUGGAAUAUUUUUGGCUUCAAUUUUACUAAAAGAGAUGCGCUAUCUAGUGUAUAUAAGAUAUCUAUGGUGUGAGAGUGCUGAGACAGAUUUCUGUUCGUUAUUAAUAGUUAUUGGCAAGUCAGAAUGAAGGAGGUUAUACGCAAUAAUUAUUCCAACAAUAAUUCCCACCCCCUUAAUUUUUAGCGAAGUAAAAAUUACUUAAAAUUAAGUAAAAAAACUCCGUGUUCCGGAGUCAUGCUGUUUCGGUGUUCCGCUGUUCGGUGUUCCAGUGUUCCUGGUUUUACUAAUAGCCGGGCUUCUCUGGAUAACAUAACAUUUAACGAAUGUUUGUGCCAUUUGUGCUUGCCGAAAUUGAUGUAGAAUAUCAUUCUCAUGCUUGAGCAUUUAUAAGAAAAUUUACAAAAAAGAAGAAACGUCGACCUACCCCCUGUAUACCUACUGUCGGUUUUUGCAGCAAGAAAUAGGAAGCCCAGUUCAUUUUUGUACACUUAAUUUUCCGUAAAUAUAGGCAACAAACGAAGCUUUGAAAGACCGUCUAGACGAAGCAGACCACGAGUUGAAGAGAAGAGCCAGAGACGUGGAAGACAAAGAUAAACUACUUCAAAGAUUGAAAGACUUAUUGAAUGAUCUGGAGCAGGGAAAUGUUGAUAUCAGGCAGCCAGUUGAUGAGACUGAUGGCGUUGGAGAGUGUCUGGCUGGGUUGCAUCAGAAAUAUCUGGAUUUGUUGAACGAUCUGGAGAAUGAGAGAGAGAAAGGAAAACGUCAACAAAAGCAG